CGAAAGCUGAACAGGCUUGCUGCAAUGGCUACAGCUCGGAGGCCCUACACGCAAAUUAUCGACGGCGUAGCGCGCAGCCCCUGGGUGGACCCGGAGGUGUUUCGGAGAAGCGCCUCGUUCCGAGCCUCCAGAGGAGAUCUCGUGCAGAGCUCGUACCCGAAGAGUGGCACGCACUGGGUUCAGUACAUCACGCAGCUGAUCCUCAGGAAUGGCGAUCCGAUCGAUACGUACGAAGAGUUCACCAGCAACACCCGCAUCAUCGAGUACAUGGCGGACCGCGAGUGGACGCCAACGCUGCCAGUGCGAACGCUGCUGACGCAUCAGUCUCUCCACCGGGAAACCAUGAACGAUGAUGCUAAGUACGUUUACGUGGCUCGGAAUCCCUGGGACGUGUGCGUCUCUAUUUUCUAUAACAUGACCAACAUAAGCAUAUACCGCUUCCAGGACGGCACGUUCGAAGACAUUGUCGACCUUUUCUUACAAGGACAGCUUGGUUACGGCAGUUACUUUGAUCACGUCGCCUCGGGUUAUGCCCUAAGGAACGAGCUGAACGUGUUCUUUCUCACCUACGAAGAACUCAAGCGGGACACGCCAGGAACCAUUCUGAGGCUCGCUCACUUUGUGGAAGAGAGCUACGGCCGGGCGUUAGAAGAACAAGAAGGACUGCUGCAGAAGAUCAUCGAGCGUUCUCAGCCCGAGCACAUGCGGAAAGUGAUCGUGUUUGACUUGAAGAGAAACGAGAAUCCUGGCUGGCGCGAAUUGUUCGGCCGGAAGAAGGUGUCUUGCAAGCACGGCUAUGGUGGAGACAGCACCAAGUACGGACUCGUCAGGAAAGCCAAGGUGGGAGGCUGGAAGGAGCACUUCACGCCAGACCAGCUGGCCCGUUUUGAAAAAAAGAUUGGAGAGCUGGGUGACAAGGCGUCUUUCAUGCAGCUGUGGUCGGAUAUUCGAGAAGAAGCCCGGGAACUGUCCAAACUUUCAGCGUGAUCUAGGAAUGUCAUUUUCUGUUGAUGUGAUGGGCGUGUUCAUAUAAUUAUUAAUAUGGCGUUUAUUUAUUCACUCCAGCACCGUUGUGCGUCUUCAAGUGAGUGGUGAUGUGAAACAACUCACUUGUAUUUUCCCUUCGGUAUGCUCUGCGAACGCCACUUUGUGUACUGUUAUCUAAUGUAUUAACCUUAUUUAUUAUUGUAUUAACCUUAAUUGGAAAUUGCGCGACGUCAAGAGCAGGAAAUAGAGACGGCACUUUACAGCGACCCGUGAAGGCAGUGCUCGUGUUGCCUGUUCCCUUAUACAUCGACUGAAAAGGAAAAGAUGGCUUUCGCCUUCGAGUUGUCUUAAGCGAAUGUACAGGGGACCCGGUGAGUUUUUUUAAUACUAAUAGUCAACCAUUUAGCUUAAGUAUACCAGCAGCUUCACGUAGAGAAAAAACUAUGGAUACAAAAUACGCGACAGAUGAAUACCAAAACUCAACAUAUGCUAAAUUAAAAGACGCACCAUAAUAAUUCUCAUACACAUAAUGCUAGUAAAAUAGAGAGAGAGA